UAAAAAUUUUAUGAAAAUUGGAUUAUUUAAUAUUUAGAUUUCUUAAUUCAUUUCCAAUUUCUUCAUCCAAUCAUCCUUGAACGGCUUGAACCUCAAUUCUUUCGUGUUCUGUUCGUAGUUUAAAUUAAUUUUAAAUUGUGAUUGUGUCUUCCCACUUCCUCAGUAUUUUAUAUGAGAUUUAAUCCAUACGAAAGAUCAAAAAAAUGUUCGACUAAAGUGAAAUCUUUGUACUUAAUAGUUAUUAUACGUUUAUUUACCAUUUAUCUUAUUUUUAUUUAUUAACUUUUAAUUUGUCAAAAUAUGCGUUAUCUAAUUGUUUUUGGAUAAGUCUAGACUAAUUAAAGUUAUUUUAUCUUCUUAAUCAUAAACAUUAAUAAAUAACAUAUUAUUAUGUCUUUUCUGGUUGACAAGAAACGAAAAAAAAAUACUCGUAAGCCAGUAGAUAAUGAGCACAUUCAACAUGCAGAGUUCAUAAAAAAUUGUCAUCUAAGAUUAAGAUUAAACUCAAUAAAAAUAGGUGUUGACAAAGCAUGGCAAAAUCACUGCUCAGAUGAUUUGCUUCUAAAAAAUUAUUCAAAUACAAUGCAUAAGCUUGCUUCACAGUUUUGGGAUACAAAUAAUAAGAACGACCCUUCAAGUUGUAGAAUCUCAUGGAUUUCAAACAAUGUAUUAAAAUAUUUUCAAGAAGAUUAUUUACAUGAAAUUAUCCGAGAAAAGUCUUUAGCUCAAAAAUUUAAUGUACUUUGGAACAUUGAUGAUAUAACCCAUAUACCUGAAAAUCCUUUUUAUUUACUUGAUGUAGGAAGUUGUUAUAAUCCUUUUCAAAAGUAUUCAUUAUAUAAAGUGUUGCCUAUCGAUAUAGCACCUGCUAUAGAAAACGUUGUUAAAUGUGAUUUUCUUACAGUACCUCUGGAUAUAGAGUUAAAUAUUUUUGAUAACGUUUGUCAAACGUUACCAAUGUCUAAUUUUGAUAUUGUUGUAUUUUCUUUGUUUCUUGAAUAUUUUCCAUCACCAAAACAAAGAUAUAAAUGUUGUGAAAAAGCUUAUAAUGUUCUUAAACCAGGUGGUUUGUUAGUUAUUGCAACCCCUGAUUCUAGUCAUGCAUCAUAUAAUUCCAUAAUAAUGAAAAACUGGAAAAUAUCAUUAAGUAAUUUAGGAUUUUGGCGUAUCAAAUAUGAAAAACUUACUCAUAUACAUUGUAUGGUAUUUAGAAAAUGUUUAUUGAAACAAAUUCCCAGAAAUUGGUUACAUUCUUUAAAUAUUGUAAACAACAUUGAAGAUUUAAUAACUAUUCCACAAGACUCUAGAGAUUAUGAUAAAAUUAAUGAAACAUCAAAAACUAUAGAACAGCGUGAUGAAGAUGAUGAUGUUGCUAACUUAUUUUCUGAAUUAGUUAAUGUAUAAGUAGUAACUAAUAAGUAUUGUUGAACAUAAUUUUGAAUUUGUAAAAUAAUUAUAUUUUUUAAAUUAGUUCAAAUUGUAUAACCUUGUUGUGUACUUCAAUAUUUAAUAUUAGUUUUAGACUUAAUACUGUUUAACUAGAAUUUCAAAUUGGUUACUAAUUCAUUUAGAUGGCCUCAUAACUCUGUUAAAUAUUAAGUUCUCACAUCCAGUGCCUUCCAACUUACAUAGUCCUGGAUCUUUACUCCCAAUUUCCUUAAGUUAUGCUGUAUACCAGGGGUCGGCAACCCGCGGCCUGCAAAGCAAUUUUUAAUGGCCCGCACAAAGGUGUUUAAUUUUUGUGUUUUACUUUUGUUCAAUAACAUUUUUCAUAUAAUUUUCAAUAUUAUA